AUGGGGAUAUAUUCAAACUUGCGGGCGAUUCUACUGUUGUAUUCAUCUCUUGAAUGCUACCUCUCAGACACUAUCGAAGGUGGCAGGAAUUACUCCAAAGCCUAUGAAGACAUUACUCUCCUGUGCAAAAAGGAGGAGUACAAGUUUGGGACCUGUCUGGUCAACUGGUUACGAUGUUACUAUAGGAAGGACUGUGGAAGGGAGUACAUGUUGAUGAAAUUGAUCUGUUCAGUGAGCUCGAACCAGAGCAGCCCAGCCCAUGAGUACCCAGACUGCAGAGAUGGGGGCAGUGAGGCCAGCCUGCUGGUAUCCCCACUGGUGGUGGCUGGCAUUGUCAUCGGCCUGGUGCUCUUUCUCUCCUGCGUCACCAUUAUAGUGGGCAGCUUACGCAAGGACAGCCGUCUGCGUAACCCUAACCUGCGUGCCAGCUAUGCUCCUGAUGGCUUCUCGUACGGGGGCUCUAUUGGAGAGCUGAGAUCCACGUGUAUUGAGGAAUUUCCUCCAGUGUUUGACUUUGACUCCUACAUGGAGACAGUGUCUCAAGUCAACAUGAUGUAUCCUGAUUCUCCACCUCGUUAUGAUGAAUGUGUAGGACCUGGUGCAACACAGAUAUACGUCCCGACGGACGACCCCCCGCCAUACUCCCUCACAGACCCCUGCCAUACAGACGACCAGCCAGGCCCACACACCUGUCUGGAGAUGGAGGAAAUGCCAACCGGUGCUUCCUGGGUGUCAGCAAGCGGCAUGUCCCAACAUUCUGUAAGACUGCAGGACUUGAGGCAGCAGUCUGUAGCCUCCAUCUCUCUCUCCACACUGCCCUUAGAAGAGGCGCCACCUUAUGAGGCAGUGGUGAGCGAACAGAACCAGCCCAUCCCUCUGAUGCCCAUGGACCUGCUCAAGCACACUACUGAAGAAGGCAGCCCACAACACCCUGUCCCACACCAGAUCCUAUAA